CUAAUCAAGGAUUUAAGCAUAGGCGUUCAUCGGGAGACCAGUUAUUCCCAUUCCGGACAAUUUUUUCUUUUAAUACAUAUUCAUAUUAUCUUUUUAGAAAUUCUAUGGACCUUUGCAAAAGACUAGAACAUUAUUGCGAAUUAGUAAAAAGCCUCGUGGUCCUGCAGUAAGAAUCAAAUAGAUCUACAGACUGCUACAGACCUGACAGAUAUCCGGAUACGAAGAACGUCCUCUUACCGACUGGUGUUUGCUUCGAAAAUUUUCCCUCUCGAGAAAUGCUCUGCAAUUUCGUCGGUGUCCUUCGUAAAAUACGAACAGGGCAGAAUAGGGGUUGGUGCCCCUGUUCAGCGUGGUGGCGAGACACCCCGUUAUAGUCAACAUCCCCACAUACCGAAAUAUUUGUGUUUGAUUUUAGAUAUUCUUCUUGGAAAGUUGCCUGCGGCAACAAUAUUCCCAGAAUGAAACGAUCGGCGACUGAAGAAAAUGGGGAGACCAAACAACCCCUGGUAAAGCAGGAGGUACUUGCUUUCACAUAUGACAACUCUUAUGCCACUUAUUCCUCAUCCUCAGCAUCCCCUUCAACUGCCAAUCAACCGCUUCCAGGACAGCCACCACUACCUCCAAUGCCACCACCUCCAGGAGCAGUUCCUCCACCACCUCAUGUCUUUGGACCUGUGCAUUCACAAGUGACCCCUAUUCAAACCUGGGCACAUGCACCUCCAUGGCAAUGGAUGACCCCUCAAACCUCUCCUUUACCACCUCAAUCUCCUCGAGAUAUAGCUACCAGUACCUUUCAAAGAGAGAUGCCUCUCAGAGGUAAUUACAUCAGAAGAGACAGGUUCAACCACAAUAGAAACAACGUUUACAUACAGAGAAAUAAUUUCCAUCGUAAAAACAGAAGGCACCCAAGAUUUGAACAAGCACAGGGUCAAUUUGACCAAGCUACAUACUUUGGACCUGCAGUAGCUGGAACAAUUGGCUUGGACUGGCAACGAAAUAAUUUUGCUACAGCCUCUACUGACGCCCUCAUAAAUCACAUGUCUGUUGCGAUGUCUAAUCACCAAAUACCUUCAAUACCACCAGGACUAGCCCAUAUUGGUAGACACGGGGAAGAAUUGGGUGACCAAGAGGCCAAAGUCGUUUCGGAAGAAAUCGUAGUCAAAAAGAAUAAGCAAAGAAAACCUAUGUCACAAAGCUAUCCUAGCAGGCCGUGGAAUCGGGAGGAUGCAGAGAGAGCUUUACAGAUUGAGAACGAGUACAAUAAGACUGUAAAGGCUCAGAGUCUAAUCAUUAAAUUUCCCGAUCCUGAUCUCAACAAGGACAUUGUCAGAGAAUUCCAUUCUGGCAUACAAAAUAUACAUUUUCAAAGUCCAAGCGGUCCUCGGUAUUGCUUUAUUCAAAUGGCUGAGAAUGUUAAUAUCGACGAGGCAAUAAAAGAGUUGGAAAAAAUUCCUUUUGGAGUGGGCCAUUUAAAGGUAGAAAGGAAAUCGUUGAGGGAUGAAGAUAAUCCGAUGCCCGAAGAAAUUGAUCCUUAUACUCUUUAUAUUGGAAAUUUACCGGAAUCCGUUAAUGUCAAUGAGGUGAAAAGUAAAUUUCCUUCGGCAGCUAGAGUGGAUGUUGGAUACGCUCAAAAAAUGCGAAAUACACGUUAUGCCUUCAUAAGGUAUAAUAGCGUCGACGAGUCUAUAUCCGCUUACAAACAGGCACAUGACCUCAUGUGGGAUACGAGAAGUAUUAUAGUAAGAUUUCGAAGACAGCGCGGAAACACUUGUCUACCUGGAGAGUCAAAGCCAAAUCUAAAACGAGUUAAGGACGAGCCAGGAUCUGUGGUUCACGUAAAGAAAGAGCAACAAGCCAAUUGUAAAGAAGAAAAUAAAACAAAACCGGCCGAAAAUGUAAAGAGUCACAGUCGGUUGCAGACCGAAACUAAUAAUGCACAGAAUAACAAAGUCUCCAUUCAGAUUCAGCAACAGAGUGUUUCUCUGAUGCCGACUUCGCAGUCGACAUCAUCAUUGCCAACUUCUAUUGCGCCUGCAAAAACAGCGCAAGAGCAACAACAGCAACCUUGGACGUCUCAGCUUCCCCAAAUACCUUCGGCGUCGGAGGCACCGCCGCCUCCGCAUCCUGCAGAAAGAAAUACGGUCGAAGAAACUAUUAUGCUUACGGAAAUUAAAGAGGAACCCGAGGAUUACGAGGAGAUGGAGAUGGCUGCUGAUGUUCAAACGGAUGAAGAGGUUGAUGAUGACGAUGAUGAGGAAGAGGAAGAUGACACGGAUGACGAUGACGACGAUGAUGAUAACGAAGAGGAAGAUGACGAUGAAGAUGAUGACGAAGAAAUGGAUGAGAAUGAGACUCUUAUCGAUGAAAAUAAACGAGACAUUAGCGUCAAGGAAAAUGAACCGACGGAUCAUCUCGACCAAAUGUUUAAUGACUUAGAAAACAUGGCUGGAGACAUCGGACUGUAAAACUAUCGGAAGUAAUAAUACCUGGAUAAGAAGAAUGGUUUUAUCUUGAUAUAAUUUCCAUAGAAUUGUAAAUAUUUCAUCGUUUUAUGUAUAAUGUGCAUUUAAAGGUAAUACUGACUAUAUGGCUCGUGUCCGAGUAUUUUUAAUAAGUAGAUGUAUCCUAAAGGGAAUCGAAUAUCAAUCAAUCCACCAUGAAUUAUGUAAAUCAUAUUGAGCAUUAAAAUUUUAAUCUUUUUUAUUAUCCCAA